AGUUCUGUAUUUGGAAAACGAUGCUCUCAAAAUGGCGACAACCCCGGAAGCCAUGACGCAAGCGCUGCAGAACAAGCUACCGCUGCUGACUGCCGCCGUCCGCAGAGCCGUCGCCGAAAUUGAUGUGUUGGAUGACGUCAUCGCAGUCCGCAUACAGUCACGUUCUUUCGAGAUAGCCGCGGUCGUGCGCCGCCAGUUCACCGCCUGCGUCGUACACAAACUGACCAAAAAGAGUCGCGAGCAUUACCACGAGACUGUCUAGUCAGCAUCCUUGCCAGAUAACUAUAUAAAAUACUCGUACUUAUAAAUUAGUCGCUAUGAAGAUAAUGUCCAACUUACUAAAAGAUGUCAACGACGAGUGGCUCGUUCAAACAAUUUCAACGCUAAAUGAAGCCAAUCCGAUCGUAGACAGAAUAUUAGAGGACGAAUCCGUGCAAGGGGUGGUGAUGACUAACAAAGAAGGUAACCCAAUCUUCACGAAUAUAAACCUACAGCACGCGAACACGUACGGAAAAGCAAUACAGCAGCUGGGCCUGAUGACCAAAUACAGCGUCACUGAAAUUGAUCCAUUCGACGAAGUCCUUGUUGUAAGAUUGCAAACGAAGAAGCUAGAAGUAUUAGCUGUUCCACACAAGGAAUUUAACAUAGCAGUCAUACAAAACAAUAGCUCUAUUGAGAGAAAUAAAAUAAUACUUAAUAUUUAGUUUGAAAGUGUUUUUAAGGAUUUUAUACUUACACUUUAAAUAAAAUAUUACUUUUACAACUA